AUGACUCCUACUGAAUCACAACCUCAGCGUUUGCCUCAGACAAAUGCUUUGCCGCUUGACAAGUAUAAGGAAGGAACCAGCAAAAAACAAAGUAGUCCCAGAGGUCUGAAUAGUGAAAGCGGAUUUUGCAGUGGAGUCAAAGUUGAUGCGCUAGAUAACCAAACAUUUUCUGCACCUGUUUCCCAAAAGAUACACAGAAAAAUUCAGUCCAGCCUGUUUGUCAACAUUGAAAGCAGUAGGAAAAGCUCUGCUUAUUGUCAUAAACCAAGUCCUUUACCUGAAGAUUGCUGUGUGCAUUGUAUUUUGGCCUGCUUGUUCUGUGAAUUCGUCACCCUCUGUGGCCUCAUUUUGGAACAAACCUCAUGCGGAAUCUGCUCAGGGGUGGCCUGCUGCUGUGGGGAAGAAAUGGAAGAUGACUGCAACUGCCCGUGUGACAUGGACUGUGGCAUUAUGGAUGCCUGUUGUGAAUCAGCAGACUGUUUAGAAAUCUGUAUGGAAUGUUGUGGGAUUUGUUUCCCAUCAUAACUUUCUAUGUAUUCUUGUUUGUUGAGUUUUGAAAAAGUAGAGAGGGCUGUUAUCUACAUCUCUCAAUUUCUAAGAAAUUA